CCUGUGCACACUCUGGCACAUUGAGAUGUCUAGCAGGGGAGCUGGGAGUGUGCAGAGCCCGGGCUGGCACUCAGCGGCUGCACAGACACCAACCAGAUAAAGAGCCUUAAUUGAGAAGAGUGUCCAUUGUCCAUUUGGACUUUCUGGAGUAAUCCUAAAACUGUAUUUGACAUUUAAUUACCCGGUACCCAGAAAUGGAUUGUGAUUGUGGCCCAAGUAAAGAUACCCAAACAGAACUUGCUGAGAGAGUAGCAGCCAUUGAUGUGGAAGAAGACCCUCAGGAUCCUGACACAGUAUCGUCUGAUGAUAUGGACAGUUUGAGAAAUUAUGGCAUGAGCAGUCAAACCAGCGAAGAUGUCUUUCUUUCUUCCCAAGAUCAACGGGACUUGAAUUGCUCACAAAGAGCUGCCUCCAGGCCUACUCUGUCUAAUAGAAAGUUCUCUCUACAGGAAAGACCUUCAGCAGGCUGCCUUCCAUUUCAGCACCAAGCAUAUGCAACAGGUCCUUCAUCACACAUAUCUCCUCGAAUUAUACGGAGGCCUACAAUAGAAUCAAAUCGUGUGUCCAUCUCUGAUUCUGAUGACUGUGUGCAGUUGAACCAGUACAAAUUGCAGAGUGAAAUUGGCAAAGGCUCAUAUGGAGUUGUGAAAUUGGCCUACAAUCAAAGUGAUGACAAGUAUUAUGCAAUGAAGGUUCUUUCAAAAAAGAGGUUAUUGAAACAAUAUGGCUUUCCACGACGGCCGCCCCCCAGAGGAUCAAAAACUGCAUCUGGGGAUCAGUCAAAGCCAAUGGCUCCAUUGGACAGAGUUUAUCAGGAAAUAGCAAUUUUGAAAAAACUAGAUCAUAUUAAUAUUGUGAGAUUGAUUGAGGUGCUAGAUGAUCCAGCUGAGGACAAUCUUUAUAUGGUCUUCGACCUUCUACGCAAAGGGCCUGUCAUGGAGGUGCCCAGUGAGCAGUUCUUUUCAGAAGAGCAAGCUAGGAUAUACUUCAGGGACAUUGUCCUGGGUAUAGAAUACUUGCAUUACCAGAAGAUUAUUCACCGGGACAUAAAACCAUCCAAUUUACUGCUGGGAGAUGAUGGUCACAUCAAAAUUGCUGAUUUUGGUGUAAGCAAUCAGUUUGAAGGCAACGAUGCACUUCUUUCAAGUACUGCAGGAACACCAGCUUUUAUGGCCCCUGAAACACUUUUGGAUUCUGGCCAGGGGUUCAGUGGAAAGGCACUUGACGUGUGGGCUAUGGGAGUUACCCUUUAUUGUUUUGUGUUUGGAAAGUGCCCUUUCAUGGAUGAGUACAUACUGGUUCUCCAUAACAUAAUAAAAUACAAACCAGUGGAGUUCCCAGAACAGCCUGCCAUAAGUGAUGAACUAAAAGAAUUGAUAGUGAAAAUGUUGGAUAAAAAGCCUGAAACAAGAAUUACUGUUCCAGAGAUAAAGCUACAUCCAUGGGUGACACAGAAUGGGGAGGACCCCUUGCCACUGGAAGAAGAGCAUUGUACCAUUGUGGAAGUGACCGAAGAGGAGGUGAAGAACUCUGUUAAACUCAUACCUAGUUUGACAACAGUGAUAUUGGUGAAAGCAAUGCUGAGGAAACGCUCAUUUGGAAACCCUUUUGAAUGCACAAGAAGAGAGGAACGAUCCAUGUCUGCCCCAGGAAACCUCUUAAUGUGCCAGUUUAAAUCAUCUUUAAAAUUGCGUCCGUAUUUAAGAAAACAAGCGAGUGGAGAAACGUUGAAGGAUUCAGAGCUCCCAGACGUGGAGGAAGAUGAUGGAGCUUCAUGAGUAUCACAUUUCCAGAUUCAAUGAACUUGCUGCUGUGGCCUGCGCAUUCCUAUAUUGCACAGACUUACUCAUGACCAUCAUAAACCAAAGUUUUUGGACUGAGACAAAAACCUAAUGUGACAACAACAUGGUGAAAGUAUUUGUUAAAAGAUGUUACAGGUUUACAUAUGUCUGAAGAAUGCUAUCACAUCAUGGAGAUUCUAUGUCACUUGUGCUAUAUGUGUCGGUAUGCAUGUAUGUGUCAAUGUUUGUGUACACAGGGAAACCAACCAUGUGCCUCAUCUCCAUCUGUGCUUCUGCAUUAUGCAGUCGGUGUAGCUUGAGGAUUGCUUGACCAAUGAAUGUCCAAGUUAUAAUAAAAGAACCAAAAGCUUUAUGUGGGGAAGAUGUUUAAUAAUCUGUAAAUACUGCAUCUUGACUAGUUUCUGGGGCAUAGUUUUAUGCACUGUGCUGUAGAUGCUCCAGGACAAUGUUUUUUUUAAUAUAAAAAGUAUGACAUUAAUAAGGAUUUAAGGUAAUACAUAUACAGAAGUCUAUGCUUGCUGCUGAGAUAAUGUUACUGUGUUGUGUUGAUGUUAAAUUGCACAACUUCUGCCUCCAAGUACAGUAGGGUGGAGGUUCCCUUUCAGACUUAGUCUUUAUCAUCUGACCUUCUAAUGUAUAGAACUGUUUACAUUUGUUACAUAAAGGGCUAUUUCUGAAUUGCACCUCUACACCCACAUUACCUAUUUUUAGGUUGUAUGUUCUAUAUCUAUACAAACAAGCAGUACUCUGCCAGCAUGCAAUGUAGUGCAUUGAUUUAAAGGGACAGUAUAUCAGUUCAACAUUGAAUGCUUAUUGUAUUUUUUGUUUGUGGGUGGAAUUACUGAAAAAUUACGUGUUUUCUACCAACAGCUAAAGAAAGCGAAUAUUCUGACCAAUAGCACAUAGUGAAAUUGCAUAGUAAAACCUUUCAGAUUCUCUCAUAGAAUGUUGCUCAGCAACUGAGGUUUAUUUACUGUGCUUAUAACUGUUCUACCUGACAGUCAAACAUUAAAUAUACAUUCAAAAGAUUACUAAAGGGCCAUUAGAGUAUUCCCUGCCAAAAUGUUUUUUUUCCAUCACGGUUUACUAUUCGCGUAAUAGCACAAAUACGGAUAAAACACAUCUCAAUAAAAAUGUUAUAAUAUUGUUCAGGUAUCUAAUGUAUACAUAGAUUUAAAGAAAUUAUACUGUACUAAACAAUUACUUAAUUACCCUUGAUUGCCUGCCUAACUGGUCUCGGGCUAAUGAAAGGAGUUCUUGCUAUACUUAUUUUUUAUGCUAUAAACAUUUAAUGACCUUUAUUCUGUACAUUGUCUAUUCACUACAGUGCUUAUUAGGAAACAAUGUGUGAAUUACUGUUAGGUCGUUUUUGUGUUUGCUAGCACAUAGUUUAAAAUAACAUAGAAUAUAAAAUUAUAUUAUGCACUUUUUUUAAUAGGCUGAGUCAAAUGCAUACCAGAGUGGCACUAUGAGGAUGAGCAAGAUCAUGGAGUAUAUUGCUUUAUUUAAACAGGAAAUUGAAGGGAAGUUUUGCUUGAAUACCAAAAUUUAGGCAAAAAUAAUGAAAGAUGUUACUCUGAGUUGAAGAAUUUUCCCAAAUCAACUAUCUUUGACUACAUUUUGCAAUUCAGUCUACAUUUUACCACAGUUUGCUAUUUAAUAAUAAUUUUAAGAAUACGUUCUAAUGUUUGUGUACAUGGGAUUAACAAUGUGAUUAUGUCCUCCAAUAUAUGAUAUUGGAAGUGGGAUCAAUUAAGUUCAAUCGAGUGUAUAUGGUUUUGUUUUUUUAAACACAGUUGUUAUUAUAUAAAUUAAAUAGUAUUUUUCAGUUUCCUACAAUUCCGAUCAACUUGCAGGUUAAUGUCCUGAGCACAUUAAGAACAAUUUAAAUAAAUAAUUUACACGUGUCUUGAUAAUACAGUAUUGAUUGAUACUUUGAAAGUGCUUUAAUAAGUUAUAGAAGUCUCACAAGAUACCUCACCUUAGCCUUAUUAUAUAAUGAUUAUAUAAUAUAUAAUUAUUGCAUAAUAAUUAUAUAAUAAUAUUUAGAAUGGGGUUUGAUGACAAUGAGGCAAAUAAUGAUAAUAUUGGUUAAAUAAUUCUGUUCUAAUCAAUAUAUUCGGGAUCCUUGUUGCAAAUGUAAAUUCUUGCAUCUUUUUCUCCCACAAACUGCUUUGACUGUUAACCCGAAAUGUAUCUCACUGCUGAGGUUUUUUUUCACUCUAAUGUUGAAGGAAUGUUAGCACUGUUUUGUUUCUUCAGUAAAACACAAUUUUAAUGUUUUUCUUUA